AUGCUGAGUUCAAGAGUCACCAGUGCCCUUCUUUUAUCCGCCGUGCUCCGGUUGUUCUGCGGUAUCUCCGGUCAGGCGCCGAACUGCCACGAGGUUCGUGCUGUGUUUCACACUCUUCACCCGGGAUCCAAAUGGGUACCCGAAACCGCCGUGUCAGGUGCUGACCUGCAGGUUUGUCAAACCAAAGGCCUUGUCUGCUGUUCCAAAAAGAUGGAGGAGCGGUAUCAGGUAGCUGCUCGCAGCAAUAUGGAGUCCGGCCUCCAAGUUGUCAGUGCUCAACUCAAACGCAUUAUCAUCCAGAAUGCUGCAAUUUUCCAAGAGGCUUUCGACUUGGUGCUACGGCACGGUCGUAAUGCUACGCUGGCUAUGCUCAAAUCGGAGUUCCCCGCUCUUGGUGGUGCAGCUCAAAGUUCUGUUGGGCAGCUGUUUCUGGACAUGUCGCUUUACAUCCUGGGCUCCGACACAACAGUGGACAACAUGGUGACAUUGCUCAAUGGUCGCCUUUUUCACACGACAUAUCGCCGCCUUCUUGGGGGUAGCGGAUCUGUGUCUGAAGAGUGUGUUAGAGAAGCCUGGAAGGACUCAGGCGCAUUUGGCCCUUAUCCCAAAUUGAUGAUGACUCGUCUUUCCCGGUCGCUCCUUGCAACGCGAGUCUUUCUUCAGGCGUUGAACCUGGGCAUCGAGGUCGUUAAUACCACUGACCAUCUGCGACCCAGUCGGGACUGUGGCCGAGCCUUGAUGAAACUGUGGUACUGUCCGCACUGCCAGGGCUUGCUAGGGCCACCAGUCUGUCGAGGCUUUUGCCAAGUCGUCAUGCACAGCUGCCUGGGAGGAGCGGCCGAAGUUCAGCCUCAUUGGAAAACCUACGUGGACGGCUUGGGGAAGUUGGCAGCGUCUAUGAGCAGCGAGCAGGACAUGGAGGCUGUUGUCCUCAGACUGCCGGCUAUGAUCAAACUGGCUAUCAAACACGCAGUAAAUGCUCGCAGUCGUCUCAAUAGUGUGGUGAGUGGAAUGUGUGGACAAUCGCCACCGCGGUCCACCCGUUCUGUUGCAUCCCCCCCCUUCCAGCAUCCCGCUGCUUCUUUGACCCGCCACACUCAGACAUCACACUCAGAUCCUGAUGAGACCCUAGGAGGGCUCCGCAGGGAGUUCAUUUCCAAUCUGAGGGAAUUCAGCUCCUUCUACAGCGGUCUUGGGGAGUCUCUGUGCAACCGAGAGCCUGCUCCGGCAAACCACUCUCUCUGCUGGAAUGGACAAGAAAUGACAGACAAGUUUAUUGGUCCCAGCCUGAGGCGGUCUCACUCAGGUUCUGAAUCCAGAAGCAGCAAGCCUCUCGAGCCUGUCAUCAGUCAGAUGAUAGACAAACUCAAGCAUAUCAACCAGUUGCUGCGGCAUGUAACCGUAUCCGAAAAACGAUGGCGGGCCCAGACGCGCACAGGUGUGGUGAAGGGGUGGAACGAUGAAGGCGAAGAGGGAUUUCAGAGUGGUGACUGUGAUGAUGAGGAUGAGUGUGCUGGCGUGUCUGGCCUGGGACCACCACCACGACGAAAACGGUUACGCGUUUUUGCAGACCUUGCGGAUAACCUGGCAAUGGAUGACUUCACCUUUCAGGAGCAGCUUCUGACCCCUCGGCUGGCAACAGCAGGGGCUGGAGACAUCCCUUCCCCUGGGGCUGCACCAAAGGCCAUUUACCCGGUUUUGACGGUCCCUGUCACUCUAUGUUUCUUUCUUCUGUGUCAGCACUGA